AUGUUACGACAGUUAUUUAACUUGUUCAAAUGGCGGACCAACUCUAAUACUGAUCAAGAUACUGAUGACGACACAGAUAGUAAUGCUUAUGAUGAUCCUGAAGAAAUAAGUAAUGCAGAUCAUGUGAAAGAUGUUGAUAACACUUCUGAUGAAUUAAUAGAGAUGGUUUGUGAACAAUGUGAAAAAGAUGGUAUUAUAUCUACUGCUGAAGGAUUUUGUGUUCCGUGUUUGGAUUAUAUGUGCACAAUGUGUCUCCGGUAUCAUGCAAGAAAUCUGCCCAAACAUAUUCUGCUUGAUAAAAUCAGUAUGCCGCAGGACUUUUGUCUUGACACAUGUCGGUUACACCCUAGAGAAAGAAUCAAGUUCUACUGUAAAACAUGUAAGGAUGUUGCAUGCCUUACAUGUACAGCUGACGAUCACAAACAGUGUUCAGGCAUCUUACAUAUUCCAAUGUUUCUGAAAGAAACGGAUACUAGCAAGGACUUUAAAGACACAGUAGAAUCAAUAGACAAAAUCUCAAAGGCAGCAGCUCAUAGAAAACAAAUUGCUGAUGAAUUCCUAAUAUAUAUUACAAAAAGCAAUGAGAAAAAUUUACAAGUCAUUAAAAAGAAACGACAAGAAAUUAAAAAAACCAUAGAAAAACAACGUGAACAGAAAUUUCAAGAGCUUGAAGCAGAGAGAGCUGAAGUAAUCAGGAAACUAGAUGAACAGCAAAGAAUUAAGAAGAAAAGGAUUCUAAAACAAGAGAAACAAAUUCUAAUGAAGAUAGAUGAAGAAGCUGAAAGCUUAGAAAAGUCAUGCAAUAAUGAUCUGGUCAGUGCUCAAUGUAAUGUUUCACAUUAUGAGCAGAUAAAUUCAGAACUUAAGGCAUUAGCUAAUGAUAUAGAAAGAAAAAAUGAUCACUAUAAUAAGAACCGACUUUUUAUUGCAACAGAAAGGGCAAACAGUAAAAUAACACAAAUAAAAAAGGUUUUGGAAGAAGACCAUGGGGUAGACAAACUUAUAGAUCAUGAAUUUUUGCCAUUACAGAAAGAAAUAAACAUAGAUUCACCAUUAGAAACUAUAUCGUUAGGUUCUUUACAUGAAAUGAAGAUUGCAACCGAAUCAAAAAUUAGGGUCUUAGGGUCUGGAAUGUAUCAAGGAAUGGUUAAAGCCUCCAACUCCAAAUUUAUUGUCUUAUACCAUAAGAACAGGUCAGUAACAUUUAUUGAUACGGAAAAGAUCUUGUCAAGUUUAAAACUGCCCAACAGUCCUUAUGAUAUUACUAAAAUAGACAAUGAUCUCGUGGCUGUCACAGUUCCCGAAGAAAAGAGGAUUUUCUUUAUAACAAUUGAAAACUCAUCUGUAUUAACAGUAUGUAAGACUAUCAACACUGUUGAACAGUGUUAUUCUAUUGCUUAUCACAAUAACUGUCUCAUAGUUAUAGCAAUGUAUGGGUCUUCCAUGAACAAUGGACAUUUACAAUUCUUAGACAUGGCGGGAACAGUUUUAAAGACUUAUACUUUUCACAAAGUCAAGGUAGAAUCUUUUCUCCUGGAAAUAAGCCUCAUAAAUGAUAUAUUAUACAUUGGCUUUGCGUCUGCCAUUUCUGGCAGGUUUGCUCUGGAGGCAUUUGAUUCAAAAAGUCAUACUUCAGUAGUAAACAAAGAGUUUCCAGCUUGGUUGUGUGAAGGUUUGGCCACUGAUAAAAGAGGGACAGUAUAUGUCUCUUCUGGUAAGUCAAUCUAUAAACUGCCUCCUGACCUCAGCAAAUACAGUUUAAUGUUCAAAUGUGAGUCAAAAGCAGGUGCCCUACAUUAUUGUGAACAGGAAGAUAAACUAUAUGUCGGGUUAGAAGAAGGAAUUGUGAUCCACAAUUUCACUUAG